UUUAGUGACAAAAGAGAAAUCUUAUUGUAUAACUGCUAAAUGCCCUGACGAAUGCUUCUGUCGUGAAAAAAUUCGAGACAUUUUCAACUUCUCAAUGUGUUACUCUUGCAGCAUAAUUUGAUUUAGUCCUAAAUAUGCAAGUGGGAAGAGCGUAGAAAAUUUAUCUUUAAGCUUAUAUGCUAACAAACAUGCAGCUUACCCAUUCUGUUGCCCCAUGCGUAUUCGGAUGAAAGACAAAAUGACUACAACAAAACAGCAUUCUACGUUCUGUGGAAUAACCGAUGAACGUAAAGAAAAGGAGUCUGCGAUACGUGAAGUCCAAUCAACUAGUGAUCGGUUAAAUUACUGUGAAUAUAUAAUUUCAACAAGUAAGGGAGAUGUAGGCAAUAAAUCUCAAGUUGAACGAUUGAGGAGUCGAGGAAUUAAUACAUUUUUUCGCAAUAAAAAGUGGUUUCUAAUCAUCCUCGUGGGAUAUUUUAUAGGAAUUACAGAAGGAUAUAGGCAUGCCAUAACAAAUGGAAAACAGGGUGAAAACGAAGACAUUUUUCAAAUAUUCGGUCACACGUUUCGGGUGCAACGGAGCGCAACGCGGCAUCAUCAUUAUCACCACCUUAGCAAGCGGCUUAGAGAAAACGACAAAGAAUCACCGAAGCCUGUCACGCGAUGUCCACCACCCAUGACAAGAUUAGCCAGCGAUGCUUGCACUGUUGACCCAUGUGAGUCGGACAGAGAGUGCCGGGGUCACGGCCGCAGCUGUUGUUACAACGGAUGCAUUUACACCUGCUCAAAUGUUGUGCAUCCGCCACCUAUCAUAGACUGGCAAACAAAAAACGGAAAAUCAAAUUUUGCUAUAGAUGACGUUGGUGAUAAUGACAUCGAUGAGUACGAGGGAAAUAUGGAAUUCAAUAUUCUUCCCGGUGAAAUGCUGGCUGAGUCCCACCGCGGGGUGCCAUUGGGUGAGAUAUGCUCCACCACGAUUGAGGAGGGAGAUAUAUUACUGGAUUGUCCACAUGGAUACAUUUGUCACGUUGAAAAUAAAGGAGAUCCAUCUCGCGGUUUGCCUAACAGAGGAAGAUGUAUUGCUGUCACACGUAGUUUGUCAGAGCAUUCUAUUUCAAUGGAUGAAGUAGACGAAGACUAUUUCUAUUAAUAUGAUAAAUACUGAAUUUUCUCAUUUUUUUCCAAGUUUGUUUUUAAGUAAAGAUUUCUGAAUAGGCAAUAUAUAUUAAAAAUAAGACUUUCUUAGAAAAUAUGAUCCUGAAUUGGCACAAAAUUGUUUGUACUUAUAGGUCGAAAUAAAGGACGUGAAUU